AUGCUGCUGUCACUGCUGGGUGCCUGUGCUGUGGUGGGACCAUUCCAGGGACCUGAGUGGGAGCCAGUGAGGGGUUUGCUCUCCCAGGACCACAGCUGCAGGGACCCCCGGUGCUGUGGCAAUCUGCUUGUCCUCUGCCUCUUUCUGAUCUGGCAAGUCCGGCACUAUUGGCUCCAGGUCACCAGGACUCGCCCCAGCAAGAAGAAUAUCAUCAAGGUGCCAUCUCAGAAUCGAGUAGUGCCCUCUACAAGAUGUGAAACUUUCUUCAACACAACUCCUGACUUCUUUAGCCCUGGCAAGUUUGGGGGCCUGGAUUCUCAUGUCCAACAUUGGGCACAAAAGCGGAGAUGGGGAUACCAGAGGAGCCUCCAGCAACAAUGGGCCCAGUACCUACUCUCUGAACAGCACCGAUGUCAGGACCAGUCUUGGAGUGUCCACACCCCCUCUGAGCCCGCCUUUUGCACCUCCUCCUUUUCAAGCCCUUGUCUGGUUACUCAGAACAGUCCUUGGGAGGCAUUGAGGGUGCCCUGGUGUCUCAGGCAUAGCCAGACUUACCCUGCUCUGAACACAUGCCAAAGGAUGGAGCGGUUUCUGGUUCACUCCCAGGAGAAGCUGGUGCCACUGGAGUCUGUUGUUAGCAUGAGGUAUCACCCAACAUCAACAACCUUAGCCAUCUCUCUCCCAAACCUCCACUCAACUCAGAGACUACAGUUCUGUCCCAGGGAUUUCCUGCCUGGUCCUUCCACCCAACAACCAGAAAUGCCCAUCUGGAAGUCCAGGGAUAGUCCUCAAGAGACCUGGGCACCAUGGAGUGAAACUCAGACUGAAGGCAGAAAGUAUAGUAGAGAGACUCAGGCCCCACAAUGGGUGGACCAGAGAGAGUGCAGAAGGGAGGACGCUUGGGAAAUCCAAGCAUCUAGGGGCCAACUCUCAGAAGAAUUUAGAAUGGAGGAUGGUGCAGAAGCUAAGGCCCUGAGUUGCAAAAACCAGAUGACAGUAGUAAUAAGUGAAACUUAUGGAGAGAUCUUGACAUCAGUGUGGGAGAACCAGGACCAGAUGGGAACUGAAAAUAGAGUCAAAAUUGAGGAGCUAGCAAAGAAAAAUUGGAGGGAGAAUGGAGAUAAGAAUACAUCUACCCAGCCUCACAUGGGAGAGAAUCAAGAACAGUUAAGAUGCAAAACUGAUGUACAGACCCAGACACCAGAAUGGGGGAACCAGGGUCAGAGUGGAGAUGAGGAUGCUGUGGAGACUCGGGUAUUUGAGAAGAAUGAGAAAGAAACCAGAGGGGAGGAAGAGGGAGAGAUCCGGGCCCAAGGACUGGGGAAACAGGACUGGACUGGAGGUGAGAAUGAUAAUGAGUUCCAGAUGUCACAGCAGGGGAAAGAAGACCAGCCUGGAGGUGGUACUGGUGCAGAAACUGAGGCAAAGAGGGGGAGAAAUGAGGACCGAGUUGGAGGUGAAGAUGCAGUGAAAACUCAGAAAUUUGGGAGGAAGAACCUAGGAGAAGUCAAACAAAAGGGUGAUGCAGAGACACAGGCCCUAAAGUGGGAGAAACAGAGGUGCACUGGAAGUGACAAUGUUAUAGAAAUUCAGACUCCAGUGGGGGAGAAGCAAGGUCAGAGUGGAGGUGAGAAAUCUAGGAAGAUCCAAGCAUUUAGGAGAGAGAAAUGGAACCUAUCAAGACAUGUAAUUCAAGUGGGGAAAAAACUCAGGGAAAUAAGAGAGGAGGACUGGGUAGUGAUCCAGACAGCAUGGUGGGGAAACCAGAGUGAAAUUGUGAGUGAAAUUGACAGAGAAUUCAAGAUACCAUGUUGGGGAAAUCAGAGGCAGGUUGGAGGUGAAUACAGAGCAGAAAUUCAGGCACCAGAGGAGAGAGACCAGAGAGAAGAUGGAGAUGCAGAUGGUACCCUAACAUUUGAGGCUGAGAAUAAGAGGCAGUUGAGAAGUAAAACUCAUGUGGAGAUUCAUCCAAUAGGAAGAAAGAAAAAAGAGCAUUUAGAAGAGAAUGGAACAGAAAUGCAGACCUGCAGGAAGAGAAACCCAAGAGAAAGCCAAGAGAAACCCAAAGGUGAGAAUGGUGCUGAGACCCAGGAAACUGGGGAAGAUAAUCAGGGUCAGUUAAGAAAUGACUUUAAUGAAAAGAUCCACAUACUAAAAUGUAAGAAUCAGGAACAUGUUAGAGGCAAUGGUGGUGCAAAUACCCAGACAUCUGAGGUAGAGCUCUGGGGAGAAUUAACAACUAAAAUUGAUGAAGAAACCCAUUCAGCAGAGUGGAAGACAGGGGAGAAGUGUAGAGAUGAGAAUAGAGCAGAAACUCAAAUACAAGGAAUAAGAAUACUAAGAGAAGCUAGAGGGGAGGGUGCUACAGAGACUGGGGCAGCUGGGGAAGGAAGUCAGAGUCAGUUAGGAAGUGAUACGGAUAGGAAAAUCCAUUUAUCAGAGUGGAAAGACAAAGAACAGAUGGGAGGUGAAGCUGGAACAGAAACUCAGAACCCAGAGAAGAGAAACCAGAGAGAACCUGGAAGUGCAAAUGAUGUAAAGACCCAAAGACCUGAGAGAGAAAACCACAGACAGUUGGAGAAUGGAACUGGAAGCGGUUGUUCCCUAGGGAGGGGGAGCUGGGAGCAGAUUGGAGGAGAGAACCCUGAAGGAAAUCAGGCAUCAGAGAAGAGAAACCGGAGAGCAGCUGGAAGUGAGAAUGGUAAAAAGAUCCAGAGACUGAAGAGAAAGAAGCAGAGACUGUUAAGCAAAGUUAAUGCAAAGACCUAUUUAUCAGAGUGUAAGAACCAGGAACAGAUUAGAGGUGGGAAUGGUGCAGAAACUCAAGUACAAGGGAAGAGAAAUCUGAGGGGGACCACAGGUGAUGAUGGCACAGAGACCCAGGCAACUGCGGAAGAUGAUCAACGACAAUCAAGGGGUGAAACUGAUGGAGAGAUCCAGAUACAAGAGCAAGGAAAUCAGAACAAGGGUGGAGAUGAAAAUGCUAUGGAUAGUCAAGAUGUAGGGAGCCAAAGAAUGUGUAGAGCUGAGGGUGCUGGAAGGUCUCCAGUACCAAGGAGAGGAGGCAAGGAACAGGUCAGAGGAAAGGAUUUUGCCAGGGUCAAGCUCCAAGGUGACUAUUCUGUGGGUGAGGUACCCACAGGCAAGAAGUGCAGCCUGGCCCAGUUUGCAGCCCUUACUGUCUCUGGAUAUGGGACUCUGGAGCACAAGCAGACAGUGGCUGUGAACAGUGUAGCUUCCGCACCCAAUUCUAAGAUAAAACCUCACCCCCACCAGAGACAAGGUGGAGAGGGAGAACAUCUGGCCACUAAGGGUAUGAAUCUGUGGGAAUACAGAGCUGGAGUCAGUCCAGCCUCCCAGCCGGCCCGACCUAGAUCCCAAAGAAGACAGCAAAGCAACAAAGGGGUGGAUUCAGAAAAGACCUCCAGCCUGACACAUCAGCCCCAGAAUCCACAGUCCCCAGUGCUCUCUGUCUGCCAUUCUCUCCCAUGUGGCCAAGCCCCACAAGCUGCCACAGCUCUGGUGGGUGCUCCCAUUCAGCCCACAUGGCCAACCCUCAAGAAGAGCAAACGAUUACUCCUGGAGUCCCUCAUGAGACGGAGGAUUGCACACCUGAGGUGGGGCCUCCCUCGGAGGAUCCUGGAGUCUUAUUUGCUGUUUAACUUAUUAGGAUCUUGCUCUUUGGCCCGGGCUGUGGUAAGGCUGCCUGGAUUAUGCACAGACCAAGAACUCCAAAGGCAGCAGGAAAGGCAUUGUGAGGUCCAGGGCUCCUCAUCUGGCCUUAAAUCUUCAGAGAAGUCCCAAACUGUUCUGCCCCUUGAAAGAAAAAACUCAAAGCUUCAGAAACACGCCAUGUCUCUGGAAAAGUGUAGAUACCAGUCAGAGUCAAUGGGCACUUCCAUUCCACCCAAGAAGCCCAGGAGGACCAGGCCACAAGGAGGAGCCAGAGAACCACAGAUCCAGGAAGAGGCCCCUAAGGCCAACAUCCCUGCACCCAGGACUCCCAGGCUUGCCUCAGAUUCUAGGAGUUGGUCUGACCCAGAAAUAGUCAAAGAAUCUUCCAGUGAGAACAGCAGGGACAGGAAAAUGUUCAGGCCAGAGGUCUCCCAGAUGGCAGAGAGGGCUCCCAGCAGAGUGAAGACCUCAUCCUCCAGGGCUGGCCAUGAUUAUUGGAAGAAGGAGUUGGAGUGCAUACCCUGGGAGGCCUCUGAGUCCUCCAGACACAAAUGUCAGCAGCAUACAUACUGGAGAAGAAGCCCGAAGACUGCAGUAGGCAGAGGGACAGCGCAGGGGCAGCCUUUUUCCUGUUCCACAGAUACCUUCAGCUUUAAUGGGAAUGUCCACUGUGCUGCAGCCAGGCUGAGCAUGACCCUUCUGAACAAGAUGCCCUGGUCCUCACAGCUGGCCAAGCCCCAGCACUCAGCUCCCAACCUGACCCUGGGGGAUCCUACUCUGUUCCCCAAAGUGGGUGACCUACAUUCAAGGGAGGACAGCCCUGGAAUUCACACUGCUUUGAAGAGGGGCUUUCAGUCACCAAGGCACUGCCGUGCUGGGGCAGCUCUUCCUAGGACAAAGAGCUACCAGGGACAGGCGGCCCCCGCGAACCCAAAUAGGGCUCCAGGGAAUCCAUCAACCCCCCAAAAGUUUGAUUUUAUGAAGCAUUUGAGAUGUUUUCUCUUCCGGUGUGGCUUGAAAAAGUAG